CUUCAAUAGCAGUCCUCUUGGGUCGAAUAUUACACUCGCGCCUAUUUGGAUAAGUAGCGCUAGUUUCUAACCAGCCUAGUCGCUAUUACUCUUUCACAACUGGAGCCCACCGCGAGGGUUUCUUGUUUCUAGGCUCUCUAUGCUCACCAACCAUCCCCAAAAUUCGCCUCUUAACCAACCACAGUCACUCCUUUAUCAGUUUCUCCCACUUCUCCCUGUUUUCACCAUCUUCUCCUGCUCCCUCAGCAGUGAUAAGGCGAUUUCUCACGCAGUUUUGGCGCGGACCUCUCGCAUUUCAAGGGUUAGAUUCCCCUUACUCCUGGCUUUCCAAUGAGCCCUCAUUUGUCCGAUUUGGCCCAGUAGUUGUGGAGAUAUGGAGGUUUUGUGUUUUGGAGAGGUUGUGGAUUAGAAUGCUUAUCCUGGGAGAUCUAGAGCGUGUCCCUUCUCGCUUUUUUUGGCCAUGCAGCAUCCCUCAGUGGCUCUUGCCAUCGCGCCAUUCAUCCCCUUGAUCAGACCAGUCCUUGGGUCUCAGCAGCCUACCUCCUCCUCAUACCCCCUACGCACUUUUGCCUCUCUCACCAGUCAUCCCUCUAUCGGAUCCCUAUCAUCCCUAUACUCAUUCUGGAGCUCUUUGCCAGGGCUAUCCAUCCAUCCCAUCGCCUCCCUGAUCUGGGAGCUCUUUGCCAGGGCUAUCCAUCCAUCCCAUCGCCUCCCUGAUCCGCCCAGCCGUUCCCUCGCAAUCCGCGUUUUACAUCGCCCUAUCAAUUUAUCACCCCUUUUCACCAUUUCCUUCAUAUCUCGCCCCAUUCCUUCACCAAACCCUGUUAACCCUAGACUCAUUUUGAAGCUCUCAUUCGCCUCUGUCCAUCCGUCUACUCCCCAUCACCUUCCAUGCAGCCAUUACCCUGUCCUACCCAUUCCCCCUGGCCCAGUACUGAAGCGGUUCACCUGACUCCCUGCUGAUCAGUGAAAACAGGUACUGGGCACCACUCUUUGCCUUGCCUGACCCCUCACGCACUGAAGCAGUUCAUAUGACUCCCUGCUGAUCAUUGAAAACAGGUGUGAGGGUCAUCAGGUUGCUUUUCUUAGUUUUGUUUAGUUUUGGUUUGCAUGUGUAGCUGACUGGGGACAGUCAGUAUCCAAAGUCCCCAUGAGAUGUGACAAUAUAAUUUUCCCUGGGCUGAUAUUCCCCCUUUUUACUUACCUUCACUUACCCACUUUCCUUAGUUUAUGUUCGCAUUUUUACUGCUUACAUAAUCAUGUCUCCCUUUCACCAGUGUCAGUACCAGUCUGAAUCACAG